GCCAACCUCGACAGCCCCUCGCCCUGCCUCCUUUCUCAUGGGGCAACCCAUCCCUCUUGUCGUCUUUGGGCCUAACCCAGACUCGUGGCUCGUUUGUUAUGGCAGGCGCUUCACGCACACUAAUGUGCCAGCUAGUCUGAUUGAGAUGAUACAAUCUGGAAAGCUUGCACCGAUGUCUCUGGAAUUCGUCAGUUUGCAUCUGAACGGCCGAAGCUGGGUCGCCCGCAACUUCGCUACUGGCGACAUCAGCUGGAGCAAUGAUGUGGACCCAAAUAUUAUAGACCAUCUGAAAGGUAAUAAUGGCAAGCCGAAAGCUCAGUUCGUCAGUUUCUGUGGGGAUGGAGAAGGCCAUUUCUUGAAGCACGUCGCGGCUGGUGGCUGGGACGGGACCUUUCCAGACAACUACCCGCACAAGAUAUUCGACCUUCGAAAGCAGUUUUCCGAUUUCGAUCAGGGUUUGCGGGGUAUCAUAUUUGGCUCAGGAGGGACGCACUUGUACAGCCUCGAAACAGGUUUCUCCGCUGAACUCAGUGGCAAGGCAGACGAUCCGAAUCAUCCCCUCUACAAGGCACUGUCGGAACAAGCUGCACUCGGUUCAGGAUGGACCGUUGAUCUUACUAGCUCGAUCUGCUUCUAUGAUCCACAAUAUUUCCUACUCAGGUUCCGAAAGGGCAAUACUAUACAGUGGAAACUUUCCCUACCGAACAAUAUGCAAAACGCUCUGACGGAGCUCAUGCGCGUAGCAGAAACACCCGAGGAACGAACCGAGUUGCAGAAGGAGGAGCUCGUUAUCAGGCAACAACAAGAGGCGCAGGCACAGCUCCGUCUCGCUGUUGCCCAGUCCCAGGCUGUAUGCAACUCGCUAUUCCAUUGACUAUUACUUCCAUUUUUCAGGCUGUCAUGAGCGCGAUCGCAAAUGCGUACCGCGCGGCCGGGCUAGGGAUCCGCAACGCAGCUUCAACUCAGUAUCAUUGAGAAUAUCGACGCUCUUGAAUAGACGGA